AUGGAUUUAUCCAAAAUUAAAACUGGUGUGUGGACGUCGACGUCCAUCCCGCAUAACUUAAAAUUUGGCCCAUAUAAGGACGAAUUAAAGUUUUUCGAGAAAGCUAGUGAUAACAGAGAAACUGCUUUCAUGUUAGAGGUACAGAUUAAAAACGGUAAUAUAAUCUGCACGAGUAAUAUUGUGAACGGGUUAGAAUGGGUGGCGUGCAUGAGCUGCGCAAGAAACAAAGACGAACAAAAUAUCGAAGUACAAUUUAAUGGACACACUAAAGAAAUUCACUUUAAAACUACAAGAGAUAUUACUCGCCACGAAGAAUUACUAGUUUGGUUUAGCCAAGAAAUGGAAAAGAAAUGGGAUAUCCCUCAACCAAAAAAAGAGAAUAUAAUUGGCCCUAAUUAUUUCUGGUGCACAUUAUGUCACGCUACCUAUCGAUAUCUACAUCCGUUUAUAGCGCACCUAAUGUGCAAAUGCCCUGUUCUUUACUCUAAGUCGCCUCCAGAAAAUGCUAAGGAACUAAAGACCCGUGGCUCUGACAGUACUCAAUCACCAAUGUUUAUGAUACCAUCUAGGAUACCUGUUCAGUCAGCGUCUUCUGGACAUCUGCAUUCAGCGGCUGAUAGGAUAACCAAUUAUCCUGGCGAAUUUGAUAUUCCAGGAUAUAAGGCAUUUCAACAUUCAUCGUUGUGGAAUAAUCGUGUAUUACCUUGCUAUCCAUACAACGAAAAUAAUUUUAUGCGCACUAAAUCAGCUAAUCCUUCUAGUAAUGCAUGCGCUACCGCAACUUGGUUAAAUUUUAUAAAGACACAGUGUAAUCCGUUAGUUUCAAUAGCACCUUCAUAUCUAGUUAAAGGUCAUGUUGCGCCAGUAAAUCCCUGUUUACGACCUGCCAAUUUCCCUCAUUGUACUUUAGAACGCAGUCCACCGACUAGCAAUCUUCACUUAAUGAAUAACUCUUAUAUUAAUAAUAAAAGUAUUGACUUAGAAGAGAUGAGAUCUGUACCUUAUUAUCAAAUGAAUUCUGCUUCUUCAAAUGCGUCUUCUGCAGUUUCACUUCUUCAAAGAAACAUCGUUGACCAUUCAAAGAAAACAACGAAGUCAGCCAUAACGUCUCAUUCCGCAACAUUUCCUCCAACAUCGAGCAGAGAUAAUAUGUUUCUGACGGCUGCAAUCAAUCAAGACAACUAUCCAUCAUCAAGCAACAAGAAUAACACGCGGCAAACCGCGAUGUCGACCAGUAAAACUUAUAAAACCCAUACUAACAAUGCGACUCGUCACCGGUGUCCUUACUGUGGGAGAACAUACUGUCGAAAAUAUGUUUUAAAGAUCCAUAUGAGAAUUCACACUGGUGAAAAACCACUAUCUUGUAAUAUAUGCAACAAGUCAUUUAGCGAUCCUAGUAACUUAAAAAAGCACUUAGCAUCACAUACAAGAGACAAAAUUCCACUUAAAUGUGAGCAUUGUGGGAAAGACAGUUUUGACAGAUUAUGUGAUCUUGUACGUCACAUAAAAUCAAAGCAUCGAUUAUUUAAAAAAGACUAA